AUGGAAUGCUCUGCUAAAAUUGACCUGGACUUUAUCAGAAGACAGGCACAAAUAUCAGUUCCAGACAGAAACGAAAUUAUUAUAUCGUACAACGUAACGGCUCUUGAUGCAAGCUCAAUGAAUCCGCAGGGACCCAUCAUUGAAAGAGAUGACGUGACAAAUUCAUUAAUAUACAAGAAUAUGAAACUCCCUUCUGUCAUAAUACGUCGGCGUCCCGACAUGGAAUUUGCAACUCUCGUGACAGAUGAAAAUGGAUUUCCUUCAAUACAGGUGGAGGUGCCUGGAAUAUCAGGAUCCAACUAUUUUGAUUUAUUCAUUCUUCAAACAACUCAGACAAACGUAUGGAAAUUGAAACUUGAAUUCGUCUUUUCAAGUCAGCUUCGAUUCCUGUGGACAAAGGAGCAGGAGGGAGGGGCGUGGAAACUCCAAGGCACUCCAUCACCAAGAGGGGUAGCCGUCAAAAUGCGCCAGAGGAAUCCUCCUCAGUCCCAACAAACCUCCGAUUUGGACGAUCUGGACGACUUGCAACCGUCUCUAUUGAGUCAAGACAUUCUACAUAGCAGAACAACAACGCGAAUAGGACAACUGCGGUUCGAGCGCGUCAGCAAAGAUUCGAAUCGUUUCUCGUCAUCCAUUUCGGAGCCCUAUCCCCAAAAUCCAACCUCUCUGCCCCACUUGGGCGACUCCGAUAAUUACCUUGAGAUUGAGGAGACAGAAGAGCCGGACUAUAUUAAGAUCAAGGUAGCUAGCAUUGAUUGGCCCAAAGGCGUCGGUAAUAUGACUGCGGCUCCGGAUCUCAAAGGACGCCUUGUUCGUCUUCCUAUCCCGGAAAAUCUUCCAGAUCCAAACAGCAUGCACGUUUUCGUGCAGUUUCAAGUAAAUGCUGGUCUAAAUUUUUAUAUUUUCACUUGGCAUUUUGAUUGUUUAAACAACCUCGUGCUGUUGGUCAAUGUUUUUUGUUCACACAAAUUAUAA